AGAUUUCCGAAUGUUACCGUGUGAACGGGGCGGAUUACAGAGGGCAGCAGAACCUGACGUCAGUGGAGAAUGGGACCCCUUGCCUGUUUUGGAACAGGACAGGACGACAUGCCUACAACACGCUGAAAUAUCCCAACGCCGAGUGGGGCUUGGGAAACCAUAAUUAUUGCCGAAACCCAGAUGGAGAUGUCCAGCCGUGGUGCUACGUCUCAGAGACGGACGAAGGGAUCUACUGGAAAUAUUGUCACAUCCCGAGCUGCAGCAUGCCCGGGUAUCUCGGCUGUUUCCAUGACUCAGGGCAGCCGCCGGUGUUGAGUGGGAGCAGUGGCACCUCCACGAAACUAACCGUCCAGCUCUGCAUCCGCUUCUGCAGGAGGAAGGGGUACAAGUACGCAGGGGUAGAGGCAGGUUAUGCCUGUUUCUGUGGGGACGCCGGCGACCUGCGAAAUAGGCAGCGGGUGGACUCAGUGCAGUGUGACCAGGUCUGCUUCGGCAAGUCCAGUGAGCUGUGUGGGGGCGAUGGUCACAUCGGGGUGUACGAUGUGGCGGUGGGAGCGUGCUGGGGGAGCCUGACCGGCCCGAGAGGGGUGAUCUACUCGCCGGGCUACCCUGACGACUACGGCCCGGACUCCAACUGCACGUGGGCGGUGCGCCCCCUGGGAGCGUCCCGGAUCUGCCUGCAAUUCCGGAUCUUCGAGCUGCGCGACGGGAAGGACCGGCUGGUGGUCCGGGAUGGCCUCACGGCCCGGGCCCUGGCAUCGUUCAGCGGCGAGGGGCCCCCUCCCUCCAGCCUGACCUUCGACACCCCCUUCCUCACCGUCCACUUCCAGUCAGACCGCACCCUCCACGCCCAGGGCUUCGGCCUACUCUACACAGGCCUCCAGGGUGAAGCCUCCCAGACGGCUGACAGUGUGGACACCAUCAGCCUCUCUCAGAUCGCCCCCACGCUCUCUGACCAACGCAACGCCACCCUGCCACCGCAGCCAAUGGACAGCAUCGCAGGCUGGGUCAUCUACACCACAGCAGCCGUGCUGAUGGCCGCUGGUAUAAUCUUCCUCUACCAUCUGUGGAAAAGGAGUUGUCUGUACAGACAGGGGAAGGCUGCUGGUGUGGCACUGAUCGAAAGGCUGGAAGACGAGGACGAUGCCUGCGCGUGUACCUCCAGGAAUGCCUGGACGGUGGUGUACAAACACACGCGUGUGGUGACCUGCAGUGAGACCACGCCAAGAGGCAGCCAACCUGCGUCUGCCGGAGACAGCGAUGGGGAGCUGACAGUUACCAGCGGAUUCUCACUCAAUUCCCUCAUUUCCAGCAGCUAGCCUCCCCCUCCAGUCUGAUUCCGGUCCCUAGCUCCCUCCCCGGGGAGCUGUUAUUCUGUGUAUAAACCUCCCCCGAACCCCUCAAUUAGAUCCCAGUCUGUAACUCGCUCCCCGGGGAGCUGUUAAUCUGUAUAUAAACCACCCCGAACCCCUCGAUUAGAUUCCAGUCUGUAACUCCCUCCCCGGGGAGCUGUUAUUCUGUAUAUAAACCCCCCCAAACCCCUCGAUUAGAUUCCAGGCUGUAACUCCCUCCCCGGGGAGCUGUUAUUCUGUAUAU